UUCAUUGUGACUUUAACACGAUUAACGUUCGAAACGUAAACACGAUUGUCAUCAGUUUCAUUAUUAAAAUGUGGACCAUGUUAUUCGGUGUCUGGAUGCCUGGAACUAACGGAAAUUAAAGUGUUACGUUUUCUUAAAAAGCAACUGGACGUAUGAACCGCAUCAGUGAAGUGAGACGACUACAACUAUAACACAAUUUAUCUCUGAAAUCAUGGAGUUGAGAGAGGAAAGUCAAGAACUCAAUAAAGUGGAGGAGAAACAUCAGGUUCAGAAAUCGUCUAACUUUAUACAAGAACAAGCGUCUUGCUCAAAGACUGAGAAGAAUUUAUCACAAAAGAGAACUAAAAAAACCGGAGCCAAAAACUCUGCCACUUGCCUUCAGUGUGGAAAGAGUUUCACCCUUAAAAGCAACCUUAAGAAACACAUGAGAAUUCACACUGGAGAGAAACCCUUUACAUGCUCUGAGUGUGGAAAGAGUUUUACACGUAAAGACCACUUCACAAAUCACAUGAGAAUUCACACCGGAGAGAAGCCGUUCACCUGCCAUCAUUGUGGAAGGAGUUUUAGAGCAAAGGAAUCGCUAAAUAAUCACAUGAGAAUUCACACUGGAGAGAGGCCUUUUUCAUGCUCUCGGUGUGGAAAGAGUUUCACACGUAAAGAAAGCCUUAAUAUUCACACGAGAAUUCACACCGGCGAGAAGCCUUUUUCAUGUUCUCAGUGUGGAAAGAGUUUUAUAUGUAAACCGAGCCUUAAUGCUCACAUGAGAAUUCACAGUGGAGAGACUUUCACAUCAUCUCAUUGUGGAAAGAGAUUUACACGUCAAGGAAACCCUAAUAGUCACAUGAAAAUACACCCUUUCCACAAAUGCUCUCAGUGUGGAAAGAGUUUCUUGAGUAAAACGCAUCUUAAUUCUCACAUGAGAUUUCACACUGUUGAGAAGACUUUUACAUGCACUCAGUGUGGAAAGAGUUUUCUGAGUAAAAUAUAUCUUAAUUGUCACAUGAGAUUGCACACGGGAGACAAGACUUUUGCAUGCUCUCAGUGUGGAAGAAGUUUCACACUAAAGGAACACCUCAAAAGUCACAUGCAAAUUCACACUGGAGAGAAACCUCACACGUGUCAUGUGUGUGGAAAAAGUUUCACACGUGGAUCCACUCUCACCAGUCAUCUCCGCAGUCACUCUGGUGAAAAGCCAUUUAACUGUGAUGACUGUGAUAAAACAUUCACAACGCAGUCAAGGCUAACAGCGCACCUCAAAGUUCAUACAAAUGAAAGGCCUCACUUUUGUUCAUUUUGCGGAAAGAGUUUUUCAUGGCUGAGCUAUUGGAAAGAUCACCAGAAAAUACAUACUGGUGGGAGAGAUCAUAUGUGCUUUGUGUGUGGGAAGGGCUUCAUUGCAGCCAACCAAUUAAAAGCACACCUGAGAAUUCACACUGGAGAGAAACCUUACAAGUGCUCACAUUGUGACAAGAGAUUCGCUUAUUCAAAGCAACGGAAAUCACAUGAGAGCGUUCAUACUGGAGAGAAGCCAUCCGUUUCACCCGAUUAGGGAUUCUUCACGCUCACAAAAGCCAAGUUUGUCAUCUUGUUCAAUGCUUUCAAGUAAAUAGCUUGAGAUUAAACCUAAAAUCAUUUACUCACCCUCCCAAUUGUCCUUCCCAAUUACUUUCUUUCUGUGGAACACAAGAAGAAAUAAUUCAAUGAAUAUCCUGUCAGCUGACUUCAAUACAAUGGCAGUACAUGGAGACUCACUUUAACGUCAUGUUACCAGAAUGAAGUUUGAUGUUUUAAACAGAGCUUCCAUUGAAUUUCUGUGCUGUUUAUGGACGUCUUAAAUUACGAACUGUUCAUCAUUCAGAGUGAUCGUAUGCCUUCAUAAGACUUCAUGCACAAGCUGCUCACAAAACAAGCUAUCGUCCUUAAUCUUCUAUGCCAUUUGUCAAACAUUUAUCAGUCUAUAAAAUCUCCAUCUGUUCAUCAACUGCUUGAUUUUAUGAAUUAUAUCCAUUACAAGGUAUAAUAGACAUGCUUGCAAUGAGACUAAAAUAGUGCUGUUGUGUUUAGAAAUGUAGCUAGUCAACAACUCCGUUGUGGAUGAAAAUGUGUGUAUGGAAAAUGUUCAUUUUUGUCAGACCAGCAUUUCUGCUGUGUAAUUAUUUUGCAUUAAUCAGUCAAGCUGUGAUGUGUGCGAGUAAUUGCUGAACGUGCUGCAUUACUGUCAUUCAUUUGUCUGAUAAGGCAGCAGAUGCUGAUUGUACAUUAAA